GCCAUCCACCCGCUACGGACAGAGGCGAAAAGGCUCCCAGGUGUUUGAAUGAGAAAGCUGACCCCUUGUGGCUAUUGUUUUCAAGGUUCACCGGAAGAAUCAUUUUUCCUAACUAUGUUUCAAAUCGUGUUCUCCAAAAAGACAAGUGCCCACUCCCACACUGAAGGAGUAUGAAUGAAGUGUCAGCUGUACAAAUUUUUGCUAUUGUGAUAACUGUUCUAUUAGCUGUGGGAAUCAUUACAUGUGUUAUUAGCCAUUACAAAAUGGGAGCAAGAUCUUGGAGUGAUCAGCGUAGCAGAAAACAAACAUCUACUCGACAAUAUCAACAAGCCUCUACUCAGCAGCAACCAUACACCUAUUCCUUAACCCCUACCACUGCUUCAACUAUGUAUACACCUACAUCUGUUCAGGAAAGACAGCGUCUUGAGGCAGGAGCUCACCAUGAUCAUCUUGUGAGAUUGCAUUCUGUUCAGAAUGAUUUUGCUUUGAAUCUUCCCCAUUCCAUCGCUUUGCCUGAUGGUGAAGAGGGCCCUAGGUGUGAAUCGAAGUUUCUGAAUCUAAAGGAUCCUGAACAACAUGCUGAGAUUACUCGCAGCUUUAUAAGGCCACCACCAAAUCGAACUGUUCCAGAUGGCACUACUCUUCCACCUUUUCGAUCCAAUUCAGUUGGUAUCUUCCAAAAGCCUUCUCUACCACCAGUUCACACAGACGCUGCUACUCUAGUCACGCGAUCACAUAGCGUGAGCUCUAGCAAUACUCAAAGUUGUAAACUGGGGUAUCCAGUAGGACAAAAUACUCCUAUCUCUAAUCCUGUAUCCUCAAAGCCACAGUUACCAUCAUCAUUAUCUGUGAACUCUCAUUUGUCUGAUAAUAGUAGGAACUCGAACAGGACGUAUCAUUGUAUAGAAGUAACAGCAGAUAAAUACAAUAAUACUGAUCCACCUCCUCCAUAUAGCGAUGUAGUUAAUGAAUGGGACGUAAACAUAGUUAGUAAGCAAGAUAAUAGUGGUGUUUGACACUGAAACACUUAAGUCUUUCAUUUACUCAUAGUUGUGAUAAUCUGCCCCUUUUCUGCUAGAAAUUGAGGAAGAUCAUCUGCAGCAAAUCUGCUCUUCCUGUGUUCUUAAAAAGUUAGCGAGGCUUCCAUGCUGCCUAUGCUUAUACCAUCAGAUGUUAAAAGACCUAAUGUUCACAGUGCCUCAUAGUUAUUUUGUUUGUGUCUGUUUUGCCUUUCUUCAUUUAUGUGUAUUGUAUUGCUGAUUGUACUUGGAUUAGUUUCAAGUAGCUCUUAAUUUCGAUUAAAACUGUGCAUUUGGUUUUUGUGGCGUUGUAUUGUAAAUCAGUUGUUAUGCUUUACAUUUCAAUGACUUCUGAUUUCAAGAAAGAAACUAAAUUUGCGCCCAUUGAGGCGUUCUGUGAUACGUCUAUGUGCAUAAUGAUUGGGCAGUAUUAAAUAAAAGUUGUGUAUGUGCGUCCUCGGUGCAUGCAUGGGGAAUUCUUUGAAAGUAUGGGUUUUGAAUGCUGUUGCUGUUGUGUUCAUAGGACAGGUUUUUCAUAACAAAAGUAACAUGAUACUGCUGCUCUUUAAAUCAUAUAGGGCAUUGGUGCUAAUCAUAAAAAGUAUUUAUAAAAUUGUUGGCAUUCAUUAAAAAUGAUGUAAGUUGAAUGUAAAAAAUUUGUUAAUUGUACUGAAGAAAACACAUUGUAAUACUUAAAAGAAAAUCUCCUGUAUACCAAAGACACUGUUAUUAUUGUUUUUAAACUAAAUUAUCAGACAUAAUAGGGAUAAGUUAACAUUAGCUCAACACAACCAUUGGUACUACCAAAAUUAUCUUAUUUUCUUAUGUAUGUGAAGUCUAUCUUGAGGUGCUAUGUAAUAUACAGAAAGAAAAAGAAGGAAAAUGAAACCCAAAUGUAAGGCAAAUAUACAGAUAAAUGGUUUAAAUAUUUUUUGAGUGCAAUUUGUUUUCCUAAUCUUGACCUGUGCUUUUUAUUUCCUCAAAGGCAGAUUUCAUAUUUUUGUGAAAUAAUUAAAUUGUGCUAUAAUUUAUUUCAAUAUUUAGCUAUUAGUUUUUAUAUUAAUGUAUUCUUGAUGUAUCUUUGAAACUCAUUUUCUGACCAUAAACCUUCACAUUGAAUUAUUUAUCUUUUGGCUCUCA